AUGAAUAUCCAAAUAUUUAAAUGUAUUCUUUGGCUACUGCCGAUACUAGGGCUUACACAGGCACUUUUGCAAAACCCCAACGAUGAUUCUCCAUUUAGCACAGUAAUUGAUAUCCUCUCUGAAAAUGUUGAAUUCUCAACUUUUCUAAGAAUUAUUCAAAAAAAAGGUCACAUUCAAUACCUGAAUGAGCUCCAGAAUUUUACACUUUUUGCUCCAGUUAAUUCUGCCUUUGUAAAAGAAGACCAGAUUACACGUCAAUUUGAAGAGAGUUUUAAUAUUGAGGAUUUCCUUAUGCAUGAUAAUGUGUUGAAAGUGAAAGAACUGACAAAUGGCACCUAUUUAGAAAAGAGAGGUAAAGUAGCACCACUGCUGCUGACAAGAUAUAAACAUCGUUGCUGGGUUAACGAUAUCACUGUUGUCGAACCUGACUUACAACCGAAUUUCCAAAAUGCUUCGGUACAGGGUAUCGCUAAUAUCUUGCUCCCUCCACCUCCUAUAAACGACUUACUGGUUCAGCUAGACGAAGAAACGCAAGAUUUGAAGAUAUUUAACGAUUUUAUGACCAGUUUUUCAGACUAUGAUGCAUAUACAAAUAAGUCCACUCUUUUGGUACCUUUAGAUGUUAAUUUUCGAAAAUUAUUCAAUGCAAUCGAAAUCAACUAUUUGACCGACAAGUAUUCAAAACUGAGGAAAUCUAAUGCAAUUUCUCAGGGCAAGUGGACUGCAGACAGAACUUUCCUUCUUCAGGAAGUCAGUAUCGAUGAUAUAUAUGGUGGUUUCUUGCCCGACAAGCUGACUCUGAGAAACAAAAACAAUCGACCACUUCUGCUCAAAAGCAAUAUCGAUGGUUCGUCAAUAGGUGUGAAUCAUUCAGAAUAUUCCCGUAUAUCCAACAAGAUUUUUGAAUUAGGGGUUGUACAUGGAUUUUCUAACCUUGAAUUUUUACGGGAACAUAUAGAGUUUGACGCUGAAAAGUAUCUUCAUGGUUUGAACUGCUCAGAGUUUGUAAAGGAGUUAUAUUUCAGAGACCUUGAAAAGUUCAUUCAAAAUGAAAAGAAAACGACCAUAUUUGUACCACAAGCUUCUUUCAACGAGGAUCGUGGAUAUACAAAACCAUCGCUUUUGUACCAUUUCACUGAAGACAAAAUCGAUCUAGAAGAGGAGUUUUCAUUAUUACCUAAAACCGAAGAUGUUUCCACCCAAAUUUAUGACUCUGCGUUCUGCUCUUCGGCUAAAAGACUUGGCGGGCAUUGCCAAAAGUUCAAAAUUUCAAGAUCCAAUGAAGGCUAUUAUAUUAAUGGUCGUUUUAAAAUCUUGAAUAAGAAACCAUAUGAAAUUGGUGAUACGUACAUAUAUUCCAUCGAGGAUGACCUUCAAUUGCCAGGUGAGCUAGUAUUGUCCUUACCACCUCAAGAUCACUGUUCUACUUCGCUUAUGUUUUUGAGGGACCUUGGUCUAUUGGAUUUACCAUCAAACCAUAAGGGAUACACAAUACUACUUCCCUGUAUGAAUUCAUGGGACGAUAACGAUUUGACUGUGGAUUAUUUUAAGUCAAACAAAACUGCCUUAAAUUUACUUAUGAGAAACCUAAUUUUCGAGGAACUUAUUUACUCGAACGACUACAAUGUUUCAACUAAAGCUCAAAAUUUAUACGGGAACUCUGUAUCUAUUGAUGUAGAGGAGGUUGUGGAGUGCUCAAAUUUAACAAAAAUAACAGUGAGUAAUAUAAAGGAGAGCAUUCUUAUUGAAGAAAAUUCCGAUGUAUUUUUCAAUCAGGGAGUCAUCCAUCCUAUAAACCAAUUGAACUUUCCAGAUGAUCUGGAAAUAUCUUUGAGAGAACUAAUAGACACCACCGGAACGAAGGAGAUUUUCGAGUUCUUUGAUUUAUUCCAGGACCUUUCUUCUAUCAUCCGGAACGAAGAAUACUCUCUUCUAGUCCCAACAGAGUCUUCUAUUCCGUUAAGCGGCAUUUCAGUGAACUCGACAAACUUGAAGACAUUUCUCGAACUUCACUUGAUUCCUGCUAACGAAACGCAAAAUUUGCUAGACUGUAACGCCGCCAUUACUACUAAAUUGGGCAAACAGUUGAAUUGUAGGAAGGAUCACCUAAAUAACCAUUUUAUUAGCGUAUACGAGGACUGGAGCAAAGAAGUUAGAAUACUCAAAAAGGGUUGCACUUCUGGUUCUAAAAGCUCCUGUGUAUUCCUAAUAGACAAACCCAUAUCUUUAUCUUGGCUAGACAAUGAGAAAUACCACUUGCAUUUGCCAGGAAUAGCAGUUGGGGUUGGAAUGAUAAUCGGAGUAACCUUAGCUGUUUCAUUGUUAUUCUGCAUAGUAAUCACUAGAGGCGGAAAAGUCAAACGAGCCGAUGAGAUUGAAACGGGCAGACCUAAUGAAGUCACCACGCCUCUAAUGUCAUCUUCCUCUAGAACUAACCAUUCUUCUUAUUCAGCAACUGCGCAUUUGUCUCCACUUUCUCAGCCAACUUUUGAAGGCUCAUAUUCGGGAAACGCUAUACAAAGGCCCAGGGACAUACGAAGAGUCACAUCAGAGCAAAGGGGCGGGCGAAGUGUCAGCACUUCUUAA